AUGCUGCCGAAGAUCAAUUGGCUCGUUGCAGAGGUUGCGGUACUGGCUGGACCAGUGAAGAACCACACACCACGUGAUGCUCAGCUGAUGUGCUCGCCGAUUAAUGUCUUCAAUUUCGUUGCUGCCAAGGGUUGUCGACUAGUUGUCGAUCGCCUUGCUUUGUCUUUUGACUCCUCGUACUCCAAGAAAGCUCAGGGCGGUUGCGUGCGGGGCGGGCGGCCAGCGAGCGCAAAUAGCGGCAGCGCGCAGUCGACUCGCUGUCGGCCAGUCCGCGAUCGCACGCUGUCGGUGCUCCGCAGCGUGCACUAUCCCAUACACGUCCACUAUCCCGUACGAGAUCGCGUGCAACUUGCCCACACG